AUGCCGAAGGUUUUACUUACCGGUGGAUCCGGUUUCAUUGCCGCCCACGUCCUCGAUAUCCUGCUCAAGAAGGGGUAUGAAGUCGUAACCACAGUGCGGUCCGAGACCAAGGCCUCUCAAAUCCGUGCCAAGUACCCGGGCGCAAAGCUCUCGGUAGCCAUUGUACCGGACAUCGCGGCGCCGAACGCCUUCGACUCGGUGAUCGCGGGCGAGCCGGGGAUCGACUACGUGCAGCAUACCGCAUCCCCCUUCCACUUCAACUGGAAGGAUGCGCGCACGGAGCUCCUGGACCCUGCCAUCGAGGGCACGAACUCGGUGCUUCGAGCCAUCAAGAAGCACGCGCCCGGCGUAAAGCGCGUCGUGCUCACCAGCUCAUUCGCAGCCAUCAUUACCGAGGCUGAUCUUACUAAUCCGAACAAGACCUUUUCUGAGGCGGACUGGAACCCUAGCACGUAUGAGGAUGGAUUAAAGGGGCCGCCGCCGACGUCAUACCGGGUUUCCAAGACGUAUGCUGAGAAGACGGCCUGGGACUUUGUCAAAAAUGAAAAGCCUGGAUUCGACCUCGCCACUAUAUGUCCUCCUAUGGUAUUCGGCCCCGUAGCACACCACCUAGACUCGCUCUCGGGGAUCAACACCUCCAACGCGCGGAUCGCAGACCUAAUCCAAGGGAAGUGGAAGACCGGGAUCCCUCCCUCGGGUGUAUACCUUUGGGUCGACGUGCGCGACGUAGCCAACGCGCACGUGUCUGCCAUGGAGAUUCCCGAGGCGGGCGGCCAGCGCUUCUUCACGACGGCCGGAUACUACGACAACGUGCAGAUCGCGAAGGUGGUGCGGGCCGCGUACCCCGACCUGGCGGACAAGCUGCCUACCGACGCCACGCCCGUGGCCAAGGGUGGUUCCCUUCCGGAAGAAGGCGCGUAUAAGUAUGACAACUCGCGCGCGACGAAGGUGUUGGGUAUUGACUGGAUUCCGCUUGAGAAGAGUGUUGCGGAUACUGUCGAGACAUUAUUGACCAUUCCUGCUUAA